AUGACCCAAGGAGUUGGAAAAAACGGAAAUAUAAAUGGCCAAGUUGCGCUACCCGUUGUAGAGGUACACAAGAAGCCACCCUGUAGAUUCAUCUCAAAGUCGGGUCGGUGCUCGAUUGAAAACUUGAACCAGCCACCAUGGUUCUUUCGCUACAUGGCAGAUCCGCUGACGACCUGCAUCGACUUGCGCUGGAGAUAUACGCUAUUGAUAUUUGUGUUUCUAUACGUAGCUAGUUGGAUGGUCUUCGCCGUUGUAUAUUACAUUAUUUCACUCAUUCACGAAGAUUUUCCAUGGCAGGUUCCUUCCAACGCUGUGAACUAUACCAGUUGGCUGAACACCUGCGAGACACUUACAAAUAACACGUGCGGAAACGAGACAUUACUGGCAUGCGCUAGCGACGAGUGCAGUCUACUAGAAGACUGCAGUAGCUGUCUGUCAGACGCGAUCGAAUGCGUGCGCAAAAUGAACGAGUACGAGGCCGCGGCGGGCGAGGAUACUUGCUUCUCCGAUAUCAAAGAUUUCACUUCCGCCGUAUUAUUCAGUUAUGAAACGCAAACAACUAUCGGCUACGGUGGCCGACAUCCAACAGAAAAGUGUCCCUCGGCAGUUUUCGCCGUCAUGGUCCAAUCCGUCCUGUCAACGAUUAUCGACGCUUUCGCCAUCGGUUGGAUCAUCGCGAAAAUUUCUCGGCCAAAAAAGAGAGCAGAGACGCUGCUGUUUUCGAACAAAGCAGUUAUCAACAUGCGCGACGGAAAGUUGUGCCUAAUGGUUCGCGUUGGAAACUUGCGAAAAUCGGUGCUGGUAGAAGCGAAUAUCAGAAUGCAACUGGUGAGAUCGCGGACGACUGAAGAAGGAGAACACAUUCCUUUUGAACAAAUUGAUCUCGACAUCGACCUUGGGAAUGAUUCGGAGACGAUAUUCCUUGUCACGCCUCAAAUUAUCGUGCAUCCGAUUGAGGAAGACUCCCCACUGUAUGACAUCGGCCCCGACGAUUUGAACAGCGACGCGUUUGAAGUGAUCAUCAUCCUUGAAGGAAUGGUCGAAGCCACUGGAGGCACAACUCAAGCUCGAGCGAGCUACAUGCCAAACGAAAUCGAGUGGGGCAACCGCUUCAAAAACGUCGUAACACGAGGACAGAAGGAAAAAGGUUACCUGAUCAACUUCUCGCAUUUUCACGAAACGUACCCGACCAAAAAUCCGCCAAAAUGCUCCGCCAAAGAAAUGGAUGAACUAGAAAACGCCGAUAGUAGCGACAUCUUUGCCAUUGAAAAAAGUAUAGAAAACGUGACCUCCACUAGCAGCAACUGA